AUGUACUGGGACAGGAAAUAUUAUCAUGACAAAGUUUUACCUUUCGAUCUCCGAAGUGCUCCGUAUCUUUUCAACCAACUUUCAGAUGCUAUUGAGUGGAUCUUAAAAAAUGAGUGCAUGAUUUCACCCGCACGUCAUAUUUUGGAUGAUUUUCUUAUUAUGGAGCCACCAGCCUGGGUGCCCCCACAGGAUCACACUUGCCAACAAAGUCUAACUGCCAUGAUGCUUACAUUUAAGAGCCUUAACAUCCCAGUGGCACCAGGCAAAACACAAGGUCCAGCAACUGUAUUAGAAUUUAUGGGUAUUAUCCUGGAUACUGUUCGAAUGGAAGCUCGUCCUCCUGGUGACAAAAUUGAACGUCUCUGA